CAAUACAGACCUUUCCAUCCAAAGUUUAACAACUAAAUAGUUACUAAUUUUUUAUUGAUCAAAUAUGAUUUCUCACACCAUAAACCUAUUUUUCAUCUUCACCAUCUUCACCACAUUCUUAUGUCUCUCUUCGUGUGAUGAUGGCAUCCCAAACAAAUACUCCUCCAUAUUGGGUCCUAACAACGAUAAGCUUCCUACUCAAGAUGAAGCUAUACAGUUAUUCCAACUAUGGAAGAAAGAACAUGGACGUGUCUACAAUGACCUAGCACUCAUGUCUAAAAAAUUUGGCAUUUUUCUUUCUAAUUUAAGGAUCAUCACAAACGCUAAUAGAAAAAGAAACUCAUCUGAUGACUUCCUUCUUGGUCUGACAAACUUUGCUGAUAUGAGCUCGAAGGAGUUCCAAGAAAGUUACUUACACGACAUUGACAUGUCCGGCAACACGAUGAAGCUGCAGGAUGAUGUUCAUUUACCAAGUUUUACUUUGCCUGCAUCCGUAAAUUGGAUAAAACAAGGAGCUGUUACUGAUGUUAUGGAUCAAAUUCCUCCUUGUAAUAGUUGCUGGGCAAUCUCAGCUGUAGGAGCCAUUGAAGGAAUAAAUGCAAUAAAGAAAAAGAACCUGAUAAAACUUUCUGUUCAAGAGCUUGUGGAUUGUGACUCGGGGAGUCAUGGUUGCGAUGGGGGAGAAGUCCGUACUGCGUAUGAUUGGGUUAUAAGUAACAAGGGAAUUACAGAUGAACAUAACUAUCCUUAUACAGCACGGAAGGGUCCCUGCAGAUCCUCAUCGUCUCCAAAUCUUGCAAGUAUUUAUUCAUAUUAUGCCGUGGACGCAACAGAGAUCGCACUAUUAACUCAAACUGCUCAGCAGCCGAUUAGUUCGUGUAUUUAUGUUGUACCAGAAGACCUUCAACAUUACACUAGGGGAAUAUAUGAUGGUCGCAAUUGCCCGGAGGAUCCUCGACUAGCAAAUCACUGCAUGUUAAUAGUUGGAUAUGAUACUGAAUUGAAUCGAGAUUAUUGGCUUGUGAAGAAUUCAUGGGGCAAAGCAUGGGGUGCCGGUGGUUAUAUGUUUAUCAAAAGAAACAACGGUAGACCAUAUGGCGAUUUGCUGGUUGAAAAAUUCAAAGAUGGUACAUUUGUUCCACUAGAACUUCAUGACAUAUUGGUAGAAGUCAUUGAAACAUAUAAGCAUGGUGGGCGUUACAAUAUUGACACCACAAUAACUCAACUAGAUAACAUGUCAGGAUUGUAA